CCGUGGCAGGGCGUGACGUCACCAAACAGCUGACGUCACACGUAAACACUGGGCGGCGGUGUGGCAGGCUGAGGAGGAGCUGCCGCGCCACAUCCCUACUGUUAUGAGGCUGCGGGGCCCGGCGCACACCACCCACGAGAGUCCCAGGAGGCUCUGAGGCCGGCAAGGAUGCUGCGGAUUGAGUCCUACAUCACGCCCAUCAUCCUCAGCUAUGUGGACAAGUACAUCAAGAACCUCAAACCAGAGGACUCGCAGGUGUCCCUGUGGGGGGGCGAUGCAGUGUUCAACAACCUGGACCUUCGUCUUGAGGUGCUGGAACAGGAGCUGCGUCUGCCCUUCUCCUUCGUCAACGGUCACAUCCAUGAGCUGCGAAUCCACGUGCCCUGGACCAAGCUGACCUCAGAACCCAUCGUCAUCACCAUCAACACUAUUGAAUGCAUCCUCAAGCUAAAAGGGGGCGAGGCAGCUGGGUCCGAGUCCUCAAGCCAGAGCGGUACCGGAACUAAGUCUGGGGACGGGCGACGGCGGCAGAGGAGGCAGGACAUGGAGGUGCCGACAAGCUACGUGCAGGGGCUCAUCAACCGGAUCAUCAACAAUGUGUGCGUCGUCUGCAACAACGUCAUCCUCAAGUACGUGGAGGAUGACAUCGUUCUCUCCAUCAACGUAAAGACGCUAGAGUUCCGCUCGGUUGACGGGGACUGGACGCCGGCUUUCAUUGACUUGACAGCGGAGGACCUCAUACUGCGGAACCUGGCAACCCUCACCGACCUCACCGUGUGCCUGGACAAGCGAAACGCCUCCGGGAAGAUCGAGAAUUACCAGGAACCGCUCAUGUAUCGCUGCUCACUCUCCUGUCGUGUGGUGCGGAGGUUCGAAUCGGUCAACUCCAUUCAGCCGCUGUGCACUCGCUAUGAUGUUUUCUGCCCACAGUUACACUUCAGCCUCUCGGAUACGCAGCUGCCGAUGUUCCUUAGGCUUCUGCAGCUGGCCCUGGCGCUCUACUAUGGGGACCUUGGUGCCGCGACUGGCCCUGAGAUGACCCCUGGGGUGCCUGUAGGGAAGGAUGGAGAAGGAGGGCUCUUGGAAGACCCGUCGCUGGAUGAGGAUUCGUGGUCAUCCUGGGCGUGGUCCCUCGGCUCAGCGCUCCUGCCGGUGUACUGGGAGGAUGAGGAGCACGCCCUGUCCGCCCACCGCCACCGCCUCAACAAGACACUCCACAUGGGCAUCUACGUGGAGACCGCCACAUGGACGUUCAAGCUGACAGAAUCGGUGCAGGACAGCGGGUAUUUCGGGCCCACCAAGAUGCGGUUCACUCCGUUCUUACGCGUGGAGCACCAGGGCAGCUUCCUGACGGUGGUGGUGCGUGGAAUCGAAGCCACGAACGUACAGCUUGGCAUAUCGUCCCUCACCAUGGAGCCUGUUGGGUUCUGCAUAUGUGGCAUCGCUGACAUACAGGAAGGCAGCGUAACGGAUGCCCAGGAGCAGAGCGUGGCGGUACGGGAGUCGUCGCCGUUCCUAGCCGUGGGUCAGGAAGGGCAGGAGUACCUCAGACACUCACUCUUUGAUCCCCAAGUCUUGAUGGAGGCACUGGAGCUAUGGGACUACGCAUACUCGUGGGACAGACACACCAAGGAGGCCACGGAGGCUAACCUGCUGGCACGGACCGGAGCAGUGGCCAUGGACUACUUCUACCUGAUGGAGCUCCCCACGGACUUCAGCAGUGAGAAGCUUUCGGAGAUCGGCAGUGACCUUGAGUAUAGCAAUUUGAACGAGCGUGCGGUGUGUCGGGUCGUCCUAGGGGCAUGCGAGGUCAAUAUAUCUUCAGGGUUCUAUCACAGACUCGAGGCAGUGGCCCAUAGCCUUGCACAACAUGACUAUCCACCCUAUGCCGCCCCACAUGGUCAGGAACCCCCCGGACCUCUCCCAGUGCCAACCGAGGAGGAAAUCGCCACUCUUGAGGCCAACACCCCAACCCGCUGUUACCUCCUGACCCUAAUGGAGCCGGUGGUGGUGGUACACGCGGCUCAGCACUCAACGGUGAACAUGCGGAGUGUGGUCAGCGCGAAGAGACGGAAGAAGAAUAGAAAGGCGUGCGGCGAUCUGUGUAUGGCGAGGGUCCUUCCGGUGCCACGCCUGAGGGUUAAGCUGUCUCGUGUGGACCUGGAGUGGACCCGCCCCAUGUACCCCAAGCGCCUGGUGUCCAUCGCCUGCACGCUGCGUCCCCCGUCACCCGCCAUGCUGCACAACUGCCACGCCCAUGUUACCAUCACUGCCCAUAACCUGUGCCUCAGUCUGCAGUACCAGGGCAGCAGCGUCACACUCCUGCAAGGCUUCUCCCCGUCCCUCUACUACAAGAGCCUCCUCCUGCCACUCUACUGGUCCUCGCCGCACCAGCCACGCGACGAGUACUUCAUACAGACAGACGCCCUGAAUGUGGAGGCCAGCGCACCACAACUACAGCUGCUGGCGUGGCUGGGGCGGUCAUGGUGUGUGGAGCAGCCUCAGCCACAACAACUCCACCAGGACUCACUAGUGGAGGACGCUCUCUCCGCUCGUAGGCUGCCGGUGGUGUCUGUGAGGAUACACCACGUGGAGGCUAAGACAUGCGACACACCUUCUCUGCGCGGCGGCAUGGCUACACUAGGGAGCAUGACGGUGGGUCUGCGGCGCCCUCAAGGGGAGCUCCUGUGCCUCCUAGCGUCGGGCCCUGAGGACAAGCCAGGUCUCGAAGUGCUGCUGCCGGAUACAGUCUCGGUGUCGGACAAGCUCAUCAAAGUGGCCUUUCAGUUCCCCAAAGAAGACAAGGACGAGAGCGUUCCGAGGAUCCUCACCGUUGGGAUGAAGAAAAUGGCCUUCCUUCUCGACCCCCAGCUGGUGCAGUGGCUCAAGUACUCGCCGCGGAAGAUCGACAGUGAGGUGCUGAGCGAGAUGGUGUUCCUCAAGAAGAUCUCCGAGGUGCGCGGUGUUGGCCCGGCGCAGAGGAAGGCAUCCGAGAGCGAGUCCGAGGCAACCAAAGUCGAAUCCUCGACCGCAACCUUAUCCGAGGCUAAAACCGAGAGCAGGGGCAUCCUCCACAGCCCUCAGGAGCAACCCAACGCACCGAAGAAGACGUGGAAGGAGCGGUUCGUGUGGUGGUACCCAGUGCUGAGUCGCCUACUGGUCCACAUCGACAUUGAUUCCGCAACUGUCUUCCUCCCGACAACGCCACUCGCUAUCGCCUCAGAGUCUGGCCUCGUGAAUGCCGUGCACCGGACAUACCUGACACGCAGCGAACGGGCAGCGCUGGGGGACACACUGGUGCUAUGUCUGCCCCACACGCUGCUCCACAACGCCGCGCAGAAACAGUCACUCCUCCAUAAUGUCCAUGAUGUUCCCGUGAUCCUUCCCGGUGAAAUCUGGGCCACUGAACGCGACAAGCUCCCAUGGUCGCUGAAUCUGGCGGCUUUCAGUGUGUAUACCCUGCACGGCGUGGGUCAACAUGUCAAGCUGCCCGUUCUUAAGCCCGUCAACACCACCGCCACGCUCGCCAUCACCACCAAAUACCAGGGUCCGUCACUUAGCCAGCUGGGCCUCGUCAUCCACACGGACAUGUCGCCGCUGGACUUCUGUGGCAGCCGGUGUCAGGUGGUGAGUCACGCGGCCGUGGUGGAGAGCCUGCUCGGACUCGUCGCGCACUUCAUCAAAGACUCACUGGAUGCGCCGGACUCCAAGUCACCCACACCCGUUCCACAGACAGCCCCUCCGGACGCCUCAUCCCAGCCCCAUCAGGUGACCUCGCCAGCCCCUCCGCCUCCCCCACAGACGCAGCCCCUUCACCCAGCGCCCCCGAAGCCUCUACAGCACAGUGGUUCGGACCCCAACACUCUCCUGGUGACGGAGGUGGAGGAGGUCGAGGAUGAGAGAGUGCAGGUUGUGAGUGAGACGGAGGCCCAGAGUGGAGGUCCUAGCAGCAGCCCUAUAGUGACGGCCUGGGUGCAGUGGACGGUAGCGCGUGUCUCGGCCUCGCUCUACGCCAGGGAGGCCGGGGAGAUGCGGAAGCUGCGAGCGGAAAUGGAGGACCUGACCAUGGCACUCGACCUCCACCAAGUCUACUCCAAGGUCAAGAUUAAGAUCACGUCCUUCAGCGUCCUGCACUUCACGAAAGGAAGCAGCAGCUGGGUCGCCGGGGAACACGAGGGCGUAGUCAUGACCUGCGGCGACCAGUUGACCCGCGACGUGAAGGUCAUCAACCCUCGCAGCGGCACGGUUGACCCCCACCACCACCACCACCACGCCACCAAGUCCGCCGGCACCUCCGCGGAGCAGCCCAAGCCACACGGGUUCCUCUCGCUCACCUUCACCACGGCACUCUGCAAGAACAUUCACUCCAGCUGGAACUCCCUCAUCAAGAAGCACCUGAGUGAAGAAAGGUGUGUGGCUAAUAUUGACGCCCCCGACCACUACCUCAGCGAAAUCGACGUACGUGUGCAACCCUUCGACUGUGUGUGUUUCCCGGCGUCCCUGCACAUCUUUGCCUCCGUGUACGAACCCUGGCUACAACUGCACCUCCCCCAGCAGCUCACCUACACCGGGCGGAAGCUACCACGUGAACCACUAGGCAUGAACAUCAACAACCACACACUUCCGCUGGUCUACCUCCACACCGAGAGCAUUCGUGUACUCUUCCCUGCGCGCGAUACGUCAACCGAAGAUCCGUCAGUCCACAACAUGUUCCUCCUGCAGCUGGAAUCAGUGGUGGUGACGCCCCAGGUGGAUAAUCCGCUCUCCCGCAUCAUGAUCCGCCCAGAUAUCUUCCAGGUGGCGGAGCGGGCCCGGAUCCUUGGUGUCCCGGGCUCGGAAGUGGAGGAUCGUCAGUACCAGAUCGAUGUCCUUGGUCUGAGCGCGAGUACGGGUUCCUGGCAUCAACUGGUGUGCAUGAAGGGGGGGCGGCCUCGGAGCUCAUCGGGGGAGCGUCUGCGGGUGAUGGGGGAGAACCCGGCGCUGGAGUGGAACAACUACGACCCCAUGACGGACAACAAGAACACAGACGUCGUGCUUCAUCCGUUCCUUGCCAGAUUCGACAGUAGGGUCAUCGCUGCCCCGGCCAUCGUGUAUCAAGGAGGAUGGAUGAAGGAAGAUGAGGAGGAUGCAGGGAAAGGAGGAGGAGGAGGAGGAGCAGGGGGUGAAGUAGGAGCUCCACGCAGCAUCCUUGUGGCAGGUCAUUCCUUGGAGGUCAACGCCACAUCGGAUAUCGACCUCCAUCUCAGCCUCCCGCAAGUGGCGCUCCUGCAGGAUAUUGUGCAGGAUACAACCAGCCUCAUCAACGAAAUGCUGGCACGGGGGCAACAGGGCGGCCGAACCAGGCAGUCUCAGGACAUCGCAGACAGUGGCGUGGAUUGUGACAUCUCCUCCGUCGAGCUCGCCAAGGGUGGAGGCGGCGGAGUGGGUGAAAGUGGGCUGAGAGGUGCACCUACGACAACCACCUCCUCGUCCAUCCCACCCUUCCCCUCGAGUGCCUCUGCCAGCUGUUCGUUCGUCCCUCUGGAGUUGUUGGUGACGGGAGGGAAGAUCACAGCAAGCAUCUUCGACCGGGGAGUUCUGGAGGACGGCCAAAGGAUGAGUGUGAAGGGUUGGCAGAGGAGUAAACUUGAGCAGCGGGCGAGGAAAAGAGAGAGGGAGCUUGUGGCAGAGGCUGCGUCGACCGAGAGUGAGCCGUCCCCCCGCCACCACCACCCACACCACCGCCACCGCCACCCCGCCGGCGACACAAACUCAGAGUCACCAUCGGAAAAGGAGAUUGAGGAUGGGUAUGAGGGGUCCGAGGAGGGGUCCGUGUGCGAGGGGGGCGGCGUGAACCCCUCCCAGCCGCGCAUCCUUCCCCUCCUGUACGUGGUGGUGUCGCAGCCCCAUGCCUUCCUCUCCUGCCAGCCCUUCAAGCAGAAACUAGACGUAUCCUGCUUCAACUUCAUCCUCCGCAGCGUUCUCAACGGAUUCUCGGUAAAAGCGAGUGAGUCCAAGCAGCUGCCGUGUCCUGAAGACUACUCCACGUCCUGGCUGGAGACGAAACCCGGCGACCCGCACCCCAAGACAGGCAUCCCUCCGGCCCUCCUGGUCAUCUCCGCCACUGACUUCCUCCACAAACCAGCCUGCAUCAGUGUGGAGGUCGGGCGGCCAGUGCGAUUCUUCCUCAGUGAAAGUCGUUGGCAGCAAGUUGUCCACGUCCUCAACUCCCUAAAGAAGGUUCUCCCGGCGGCUGCGUUCAGUAAAGACAUCAGACUCGCUCAUCCUACGUCGGCCGAGAAGAAGCCUCACGCCUCCGAGCCCUCCACCCCAGAGAGGCUCCGACAAGCAUUAGUGAGCCUUGACAGCAUCUCGUUCACCACCAGUCAAAUCGUCAUCAACUGGGAGGUGGUGAAGGAGCACAAAGCGAAAAGCGAGAUCCACAGUAGCAUCUCCGGCGUCAAGUUCUGCAUCGCCACAUCCCGGAAGCGUUCACCCACUACCCAAGGCAAUGACACGCGACCGGACAUCAUCUCAGACGUCACCGCCACGGCAGACAUCUCGGACCUGCAACUGAAGACCGUCUACCACUCACAGAAGCUCCAGCCGUUCCUUAAACCAUGGACCGUAUCUGGGGAAUUCAAGUUGCUAUGGCUACAGUGGAGUUCCCAGCCGUAUGUCGAGAUUAGGGUCGACACGGAAACGCUGACGAUUGAUGUUGGCCCUGAGCACCUCUUCUGUUUCAAGGAUAUGUACCGCCAUGUCACCCCCUUCCUCGAGGCACAAUCCAACCAAGCCCCAAGACAACCAUGGCAUCAACAGGGUAAGGACGAACACCAACAUGAUAUUCUGUACCAGGAUGAUCUCCGCGCAGGCAUCUUCCAGUAUGUGAGUCUUGCCCUGGAGGACCCUAAGCCGUACCAGGUGGUGUUCGACAAGAUGGCCGGGACGAUGGUGUGGUGUUAUCCCGAGCCCCGGACACUCACAAGGGUGGACAUCUACCCCGUGCCGUUCAUCGCUGCCUCGGAGUACAGCACCAUGGUGGAGACGGACCCCAAGGAGCAGGUGCUGUGUGCCCUCCAGUACUUUGACUCCCUGCGCGACACCUUCAUCACCUACCGCCAGUUCCAUCUUUCCGAGUCCAAGUUCUGCCAGCUGGACCUUCCGAGCUUUUACGAGAAGCAGCACAUCGCUGUCUCAUCCAUCUGGCGGGUCUGCAUCGAUUUCUCCGAGGACGAUAGUGGCUCAGACGACGGUUUAAUUGUCGUGUCACCGGGAGCGCUGGCGGCCUGCAUGAGAGUGGACUCCAUGUUCUCCGUCGACCUCCUACCCCGAACGCAGGCUGUGGUCAACUUAGGCCAGGUUCAGGUCACCAUGUUAAGCCACCUGGCACUCACUGGGAAGCGUCUACCCAAGGAACUGCGAUUUUUUACCUACGACAGGCUAGCACCCGAGGAGCAACCAUUCAUGACCGUCACCCUAGAGAACACCUUCCUGCGCAGCUACGUGUGGGCGGCGGCGCUCCACACACAGGCCGGCGGGUCGGUGAAGGCAGACGUGCUGAGCUACUCUUUCCUCACCAACAGCUGCCUCCUGGAGCCCACCUUCCUGGAGGCCAGCGUGGUGCGGCAGGAGGCGGAGGGCCCGGACAAGCCCGCCUGCGUGGACUCCUCGGUGACGGUAAAGCCGCUGUUCAUCCACAUCAACCAGUCGGUCAUCCACACCCUCAACGUGGCGCAGGAGGGCUGGGCGCAGGUGUCGGAGAUCGUGGCGGACGUGGCUGCCGGGCCGAACACAAACCUGAUCAAGAAGGCGCCGAUGAUCUUCAUGACGAACUACCUCAUCUGUAAUGACACGCUUGAGACCAUCAGGUUCGGGCAGGUGGGCACGGAGGAGAGUAUCUUACUAGCCUCGCGCAGCCUCCACCUCUACUGCUGGAGGAGCCACAAGCUGCCCCCCAAGCUGCAGGCGUGUGUGGAGGGCGGCAAGUGGAAGUGGUGUGACCCUUUCUCGCUCGACGCCGAUGGACCGCAGGUCCACACCAUCCACCACGAAGGCCGCCAUUUCCACUUCCUCGUGUCGGUGGAGCGCCUCUCACCCACGCAGAAGCUCAUCACCUUCUCCGGGCUGCUCUCCGUCGCAAACUGCCUCACCGAAGACCUGGAGUUCCGCAUCAUCGAGUCCACCACCAAGGAGAAGGACUCACCGAAGCACACCAGCACGCACACACUUCCGAGCCGCUUCGUCGCGCCCUCAUACGUAGGCGACGCACAUGGGGUCCGAGUGCGUCUCCUUGGAAGUCCUACGGUGUGGUCCGGGGAGAUUCCGAUAUCCUACGAGCGCACGAAGGACUCGGUUUUGGUCAAGAUCGCGCUCAAGGUGAAGGGCGAGAGCAUCCUGGCGUGGUGUCGGGUCCUGCGGCAGAGGAUUGGGGGCGUGUGGAGGCUCCUGGUGGUGUUCAGCCCUCAGUAUAUGGUGCGCUCACAUCUCCCGCGGCCCCUCAUCCUGCACCUCACCACCCCCCCGGACACCAGCACAUCCCAGGUGGUUGUGAAGGGCCGAGGCCACACCCACACCCUCCACUGCGACAGCUCAGCGACACACCACCUCACCUUCCAGCUGAACCCAGAAUUUGAGGUGUCCAGCCCGCCCAUACCCCUCUCGCGCAGCAUGUCGGACCAGAUCCGGUUGUCGCAGAGCCAGGAGGCCGUGGACAUCUCACAGUGCCUGCAGCAGCUGUUCGAGGGGCCAGAGGACAGGUGGCCAUACAUCGAUGCCCCGGACUUCAUGGGGGACGUCCUGUUUGCGGACCAGCCCAAGAUUGACCUCCAGGUUGGAUUCUCAGCCCUGUACCCUUACUGCAACACGCUGGUGGUUGACAUCCGGCCCUGGGCGCUGCUGGUCAACCACACUGGCAUUGAGAUCGUGCUUCAGGAGGUCGACGCCCCAAGCUGCUGGUUCGUGCCGCCCGGAGCCGUCUUCGCACCCCCUAAGCUGGACGGGCUCUUCACCAUUGGCCUGACUGAGAAAGAACAGCACUUCCACACCUCGCCACUUCAGCUGUCGAAGGAGGAUCGGUGGUAUAGCCUCAAGUUCGAAGGGAGGAUACCACGGGAGGGAACGACGUGUCUCCGCAUCCCCACGCAGGACAAAGUGUACUUUAUAACGCUACUUUCGACAUACCAGGAGAACAUUCAGGUCAUGCAUCUCGUGCCGACGUACUCCAUCACCAACAACACUCCGGAAAGCCUCACAGUUCGCUCCAUGUACGUCUACGCCGGGGAGAACAAGAUCCAGCUUCCCGUGUCCUUACCAGCUGUUCCGCUCACACCCAAACCCAGCUCCGAGGACAUGGUGGAGGUGCCGUUACUCCUGUGGCAUAUCCUGAGGGACCCCGGUUCGUCCAGCUCAGAUGAGGAACUUUGCUGCGUACAGAUAGGUCAGAACGGGUACCAGGCGCAUCCCGUCGUGGUUCAGGAUGCUCCCAUAGACCAGCGUAGGACCUUCACCCUCCCCAGCAGGAGCAGCGUCGCCCCCGUGCUGAACAGGUCCUUCCUCCUGACCUGCCAUAAGCACCGAGGUCAGGUCAAGAUGGUGGUGCAGGAGGACCCGGCGCCACAGAUGGUCAUUCACAACAACACCGGCGCACUUCUCAUCCUCGGCCAGAGCUCACCGAAGGAGGAGGGAAUCAUGGAGGAGGAGCUGGACACGUUCGCGGCCAUGCCCUCUGUGCCGCCCAACAAGUCCGUCCACUACACCUUCCCUUACGUGUCGCAGAGGUUCCCGGAAAUCCUCGCCAACAACAUCGCGUACCCUCGACUCCACUUCUCGCAGCCUGACAUCCUUAACAACGCAGAGACAGAGGAGGUGCUGUGGAGCCAGGGCGUGGACAUCCAGCAACACUACGACCAGUUUGUGAGCAUUCCAGGGCAUGGGGACGUCAAGGUGAGAAUGGAACGCGUUGGACACACAUCACACAUCUUCAUUGACCCUGUGAGCCGCGUGGAGGUCUCAGCGAGGGACAUACGCAGCAGAAUCGCGGCCGAACCUUCCCGUGGCCGUGUUGCAACGUCCACCAACAAGGGCCGGGCUAUCAAGGAGAAGGAGGGUGUGAUGCUGGAAAUGGAGAACGCCGCGCUGCCCUCUGAUCCACAUGCCGAGGACUCAAGCCCAAAGGAGACCAGUGACGACGAGGGAAAGGUGACGGAAAUUGUGAUGCCGGAGGUGGUGGCAGUCAAGAAGGAGGAAAAGUCGACCACGGUGGUGUAUUGUGCGUUCAUUUGUACUCAAGUGGUGCUGGUUCUCAAGGACGACGUGACGGACCAGGAAAACAUCUCGGAGAUCCUGAGGGUGACCUGCGACAGCUUCAUCAUCAGCCUGAGACCUAAGAUCGACCUCACAGAGAAGUUACGCGCGUUGGACUACCGGGUUAAGGAGCAAGUGGAGAUCGUGUUCUUCGUGGGCGACAUACAAGUGGAUAACCAACUCCAUGUGUGCGGGAAAUACGACUUCCCGGUGAUACUUAUCCGCCAGGACCCCGAUGCAGCCCCGAAACUGUCCCCGCUAGAACCCAUUGAGCGUGCGAUACAGAUGUCCCACAAUAACGCACUCUUCACCCUCUCCCUAGUCCUCGAGCCGUCACCCGCCAGAAUCUGCAUCCACGCGCUCCACAUCCGCCUCAAACCGAUCGUUCUCUACGCGGAGGAUGCGGUAUUUUACUCCCUAAUGGAUAUCCUCUCAUCAUUCCUCCCUGUGCCGAAACAAAGAGUGCGGGAGGUCAGGGAGAGGAGGGAGGAGGAGGAGGAGGCUUUACCGGUUGUCAUGAGGGUGCCAAAGGAAGUACUCACAAAGUCAGCCGCAAUGACACGUCCGGUCCACAUCUCCAACCUGAUCGUCGAGCCGCUCUCCCUCCUCCUCAGCGUCCACGCCUCCGUCAAGCUCUACGUCGCGUUAGACCGGUCACCGCUACACUUCAGCCAGUUUCAGCGCUCCGAAAUCCUCACCACAAGCUACAGUCUCGGGCACAGUCUCACCAUGCACUACCUCUCGGGCGCAUUGAUCAGGGCCGGCUGGGUGGUGGGCUCGCUGGACCUCCUCGGCAACCCUGGGGGAUUUGCACGCACGGUAGGAUCUGGCAUGAGGGACUUCGUGCAGCUGCCUUACGAGGGUAUCCUGCAGGGACCUUGGGCCUUCAUCGCAGGGGUGACGCACGGCUCGCUCUCCCUCGUUAAGCAUCUCACAGCAGGUACGGUUGUGUCGCUGACCAACCUGGCAAGUUCAGUGGCGCGCAACAUGGAACGUCUCUCACUGGACCAGGACCACGCACGACGCAGCGAAGCCAGUCGCCGAGACCACCCCAACGGCCUCGUGCAGGGACUCACUCAGGGCCUCUCCUCCUUCGGGAUAUCUCUCCUGGGUGCUAUCGGCGGGUUGGCCCACCAGCCCAUGCAGGCACUGAUGACGGAGGGCCUCACCCCGAGCAGCGUGGUGGGUGGCGUGGGGAAGGGCCUGGUGGGCAUCGUCACCAAGCCCAUCGGGGGCGCCGCAGACCUGCUGGUGCACACCGGACAGGGGCUGCUGCAGGGGGCAGGGUGGCACCAGGAGCAAGUGCCACGAUUCCAGCCUGUCCUUGAGCCGCAUCGCAUGGAGGUCAACGCUCCGCUCAAGCUGGUGUGGAAGCUUGUUGCAGCACUGCCCGAGGAGUGCCGCGCCGUGCUGGCCGCGGUCGACGCCACACACUUCACUCCGGCCGGCUCCUACACCCCCGUCACCGUCCUCCUCACUCCCCAGGUCCUCUUCAUCCUGGGUGUGGAGGAGGACGCCCAGCAGCACGCCCUUCCCCUGGCUGAGGUCACCUGGCGGCCCCACCCUGCUGACCCAACGCUGAUCUACAUAGACAAGGUCAUGCCGGAGCCUAAGCCGCAGAACCCAGACAUGGAGCCUGUGAGUGGGUGUCCGGAGAGGGUCGCCGAUUACGUCCGCAGCACCUGCAGCGAGGGGGUGGACGGGACAGGGGUGGGGCUGGACUCCUCGCCGGGGUCAUCAGAAGCUGGGGAUGGGGCGCCAGGGCACCUCACCCGCAUCAAGCUCUUCGUGGCGCCCCGCUUGAGGUCGGCGCUCCUGGCUGGCAUCAACAUUGCAGCGCGCGCCAGCCAGGGUCGAGGGUUCAUUGUUUAGCAGGUUUGUGAUGUUGUGUAGUCCGGUUUCUUUUUUGUAUCACCCGAUUUAUUUCUUAUUUUCCUUAUUUAUUUGUUCUUGUUUAUUUUUCUUAUUUAUUUGUAUUUUUAUGGAACCCCUUUGGAUAUAGUUGACGUGAGGUGGAAGCAUUUGAAUUUACCCACCACUGACUCACCACACACAGAACCAGACGUCACUUGAAGAACCUCCUUUUUAGCGACUGGUGAUGUGCGAGUUAACUGUUCAGUGUGUGAUGUAUGUUUUGUUUAACCAGGUGUGGGAGGAAGAGAAAGUGCUGAGCAAGUGGAAUGAAUGUAAGGUGACUGAUACAUAAGGGUGGACACAAGAGUAGACAAAGCUUAAGAACUACUGAGCAAUCUCCCUCGUAAACACAGUAGGGAAAGUUUUUUGUGCAGUGCUGAAUGAAAGGUUGUGUAAAUGGAUUGAGAGGAAUAGGCUACUGGGUGAGGAACAGAAUGGUUUCCAGGUUGACAGGAGAGCUGAAGAUAGUGGUUGGUAUUACAAGACACUUUGCCAUAUCACACCAGCUAUUUCUAAAGGUCAAAGAGGGGAUCAGUCGGGUUCUAAUGAGUGUUUCUUUAGGUUCAUGGUACAGAAGAAGGGUCAGACUACCACCAGGGUCAUAAAACUACCCCUGGAAAUGCCCACAACUAAUACGAAAGCCUUGUCAAAUAUGUGUUUCUUCAGGUUCAUGGUACAGAAGAAGGGUCAGACUUCCACCAGGGUCAUAAAACUACCCCUGGAAAUGCCCACAACUAAUACGAAAGCCUUGUCAAAUAUGUGUUCUUGGGCGGCAAAAUGUCUCAUAAUACGACCCAAUAUGUUUGUGGUGAAUGAACUGACUGAAAGGAAAAAGAGAGCAGGAGAAAAGUCAUACUAAGGUUAGAUAUACAGAAAGCUUAUGACAAGAUUAAUAGGGAUGUGUUGGUAAGAGUGCUGGAAAAGAUUGUGAAUGUGAUUAGGAGUUCGUAUGCAGGUCGUAAUUAAUUAACUUUUUGCUACAUAACCGUAAAAUUCAACCCAAAUUAUCCUUAUACCCUCUCAUUAUUAUUAGGGUCAUUAGGAUAUACCUGGUCCAAGUAUUUAUUUAUAUUUUUGGGGAGAGCAAAAAACGUAAUCAUCUUGUAUUAUGUAGUUGAAGGUUAUGGUAGUGUAGCCUUUUUGUGUGUCUAUCCAUGGGCUGUGUAUUUGCAUUUACUGUUGUGCUAUCCCUCAAUCUCUAUCUCUGUCAAUUUCUUCUUUUUUUCUUCUUUUUUUCCUUCUAUUUUUGGGGUCGAACUUGCGAUGAUUUUUCUCCAUUUACAUUUACUAUCAUACUAUCUGUCAAUCUCUAUCUCUCAAUUUCUUCUUUUUCUUCUAUUUUUGGGGUCGAACUUACAAUGAUCCUUCUCAGUCUUCCUCGACCCAGUGCUGAUCUCCUUCAAUUUCUGUCUCUCUCUUAAUUUCUUCUUUUUCUUCUUUUUCUUCUUUUCUUGGGGUCGAACUUACAAUGAUCCUUCUCAAUUUCCUCAACCCAGUGCUAACCUUCAAUUUCUGUCUAUUUCAAUCUGUCUAUCUAUUUAUCUUUCUUUGUAUUUACUGUUGUGCUAUCCCUCAAUCUCUAUAUCUGUCAAUUUCUUCUUUUUCUUCUUUUCUUGGGGUCGAACUUGCGAUGAUCCUCCUCCAUCUUGCUUGACCCAGUGCUAAUCUCUGGCAGUGUUUGUCUAUCUCUGUUAAUUUCUUCUUUUUCUUCUUCUUUUCUUCUUUUCUUGAGGUCGAACUUACAAUGAUCCUUCUCAAUUUCCUCGACCCAGUGCUAACCUCCAUCAAUUUUUGUCUGUCUCUCUCUCUCUCUCUCUCUCUCUCUCUCUCUCUCUCUCUCUCUCUCUCUCUCUCUCUCUCUCUCUCUCUCUC